GGCUCGUAUUCAAAAUGGCUGCCCAAAUCGCUGAAAGAAUUUCAGAAACAUUUUCAUUUGCGAAAAAGGUAAGGUUCAGUUGAUAUCAGCAAAUAAUUUUUUAGCUCUAAAAUUUUCCAAUGACUCUAUGUGUGCUUCCUAAAUUGUUUAAGGGGGCUUUGUCACGACUGUGUUGUUUAUUUUGUCAAUACUGCUGCAAUGUAAACUCCCCGUCCUUACGUGACUUACGUUACAGAUGGAAUUUCUUGUAAAUGACAAAAUCACAGCCUCAUGUCAAACAAAUUUGCCUUAAAAAGCAUUAAGCUUAUGUCAAACGUUACAAACAAGAACAAAAAACUUUGAAGUUAAGGACUGUUAGGGUAACAAGUUUUCAAAAACCACUGUUGCAAUGCGUUUUAUUCUUCUUCAAUUUUGUCCAUCUUUGCCUGCUAAGGGAGAGUAAAUCUUAUUUACUGUCAACUUUGACUCUGAAGAUGACUACCACACAGAUUGUCGAAUCGUCAGUCACUUUCAACAACGGCUCUUAAUUGCUACUCAAUUGUCAAUAAAUUUAUUGUUUGCAUGAAUUCAGUUGUUAAUUUUUUGAGGAACAGAUCAUGAACGGAUGUGUCCCCCGAUAUGAAUUCAUGAAAUCGGUAAAAAUCAAAGAUAAAUCAAUAAACGAAACGAGUGUGUCAUCAAUUUCUACUGUUUGAUUGAUACAGUCGAUAUCAAUCAAAUCAGAUUUACCAAUUUUUAUCGAUUUAAUUUAUCGAUUGACUACUUCGGGUAGAGGUGUGCUGCUGAGACCCUCGAAACCUGUUAAGUUAGUGGUCAGAGCCAGGUCUUGGGGAUCAAUGGGAACUGACUUAACUAUUUUCUAUGCAUAGACUCUGGUUUGCACUCUAGAUUUACAUUGUAUCUUUUUAAGGGUGCGUGGAAACUUAACAACUGCAUUUUUGAAGCAGGGAAAGAAACACUUUAUAUUGCAAUUUGAUAUUACUGGAACUAAUCAACCAAGGCAUCUUAUUGCAGAUGCCAAUGCUAAGUAGAGCUACUUUUGAUGAUGAUAAUCCAACGCCAGGCUACAUAUACCAAGAAAUCAACAGUAUCCUUUUCAGGCUGUGUCAUAUCUCAAAAGUUAACAGUGUGGUUCUGAAAAAUAUCUGUACAGUCCCUCCAUUGACCACUUUAGAAACAAGAAGGAAAGACUUUCGGAAUCUAUAGUGGGGACGCACCAAUCAGCUGGGUAUUCCAAAAUUACCACCCAUGGCAAGAAUUAUUAGAACAGGGAUGUCACUAAGAUUUCAAGUUGCUCGGUAAAUACAACAAGUAGAUGUGGAAUCAUGCAGCUAGAGAUUUCUUUUGGUUCUAUUUUUCUUCUAUUUUCCUUUGAAAGCAGCUGCAGGAAAUCCCUGGUCCCCGGUUCAUAAUUGCAGCCCUGCUAGAAUCACCAAUCAUAUGUGGAUGGUUAGCAAUAAUUGACCAAUUAAAUGUGCUGACUGUCAAUUCCAGAAAAUAUUCAUUAAACUUACAUGUAAGUACAAAAUAACUAUGUUUUUUUUUCAGUGCAUGCAUGUAGUUUUGGAUUCAUCAAUAUUUUCGGGUAUAAAUUUAAGACCUCAUUUGGACCCUGUACUUAUCACUGAAAUGCUUAAGUUGUACCCCUAUAUGUUAACACCUUCAUCACUCAGCAGAUUGCAGGAUCUAAACGCUAAACAAAGCCCUGCAGCCACAUUGAACAAGGCACCAAACAUAUAAAGCUGAUGCCACCAAGGCUAACUGAGAUUGGGACACAUAAAUGUUGUCUGACUAGACUCAAAAGAGGUGGCUUUCUUUGUUGUUAACUGUGUUAAAUUUCACUCAGCUGCAUCUAAGCACCAUAAUUUAGAUGCUGUUUGGACAUUAGUGACUGUGGGAUGUUUUCCUUGAUGUGUAUAUCAGGCAUAACUUAUGAAUCAAUUAGCAGCUGCAACUCUUUAUUGGAUUAUUUAGUUGUCAGACUGAAAAACAAAUCUCCUUAUGUCAAAUACAAGGUAAGACACAAACUUGUAGUUGUAAGAAAAUUACACCACAGCUGUCUCUCAUUUCAUUCUUAAUUGUAUAAAAUAGGCCAUUUCCAAGUUCCAAAAACUCUCACUUUCAAAAUGAGGUGAAGUGCAAAACCUUUCUUGUGAAACUCAGUUUUGUUUGCAUGAGAAUAUAAAAUCAUUCUCUUAUCUAUGGCUUUGCACUUAGCCUCACUUUGAAACAGAGGCUUGCGGUAACUCGGAAAUGGCCUAAUGAAAGGCUUGGGGAAAAAGGGGAUAAAGUGAUUUGGUUAAAAUAAAAUUCUUCUUAAAAAUUGUCAGAUUUUCACAUACUGGCAGCCUCAAUCCAAGUAAAUUAGGUGGGAAGAUAUGCAUGCAUGCAUGCAUGGCCUGGGGGAAAGCUAUUGUCCAUUGAUGUGUUUAUUUCCUGUUUAUUUCAGAGAAGGAUGUUGCUCAAACCUCUGUAGCAUUCAAUUCAGAUAGGCAAGAGUUAAGUUGUGAAAGGAAUGUUCAUGUUUCACCAUCAUUCAAAAUUAAAUUUGUUUACCUCAGUGAGGCAAAAAAGGUAGAAAAUUUAUAACAGUGUUUGUUGAUUGGUAGACGGCUGCCCGCGAAAAUCGCCAACUACUUGGUUAGUAUCAGCCGGGUACUCUGCUUAGCAUUUCUUUACGGAUGGUGUUUUUUGAAUAAAAUAUCCGUGGACUUGCCUCUUACUUUGACAACUCAGCCGUCUACUUCAAAGCGUUCUGACAACCCUGCAUGCAUACACAUGCAUGUUUGUUGAUGCUGGCCAUGUGCUGGGACCUUUAAUAGUGUUAUUUGAUAAUUACUAUUUUUGAUAAAAACAUCUUGAUUUUCUAUUUUAGGUCCUUAAAAUUCUCUGUUAUCUAUCAGCCAAUGGCCAUUCAGAGUUCAGAAGUGGUCUUAGACACAAAGCAGAUGUCCUUAGAGAAGCUCAAAGUAAGAUAAUAUUAAGUCCAAGGUUUGAACCCAAAAGUCAUUUCAUAAGUAGGUGAUAAGUGUGAUCAUCCAGGUGAGCAUAGUCUCGAAUGUCGGUUGGAGUGAAAUCACUCCACCGGGACUGUUGUUGAUAGUGCCUGAUGAUUCAACAACCUGUGCGGUAGUCAUCUUCAGAGCCAGAGUUGAGUUGUAUAAGGUCAGUUGACAGUAUUAAUUAAUACGGCAACUGACCUGAUUGGUCAAUUUUGACUAACAAUAAACAACUGUUAAACUUUAUUUUAUUGUGCAUAAACCAUUAAAUGUUUGAAGCUAAGUUGNUAGGCAAGAGUUAAGUUGUGAAAGGAAUGUUCAUGUUUCACCAUCAUUCAAAAUUAAAUUUGUUUACCUCAGUGAGGCAAAAAAGGUAGAAAAUUUAUAACAGUGUUUGUUGAUUGGUAGACGGCUGCCCGCGAAAAUCGCCAACUACUUGGUUAGUAUCAGCCGGGUACUCUGCUUAGCAUUUCUUUACGGAUGGUGUUUUUUGAAUAAAAUAUCCGUGGACUUGCCUCUUACUUUGACAACUCAGCCGUCUACUUCAAAGCGUUCUGACAACCCUGCAUGCAUACACAUGCAUGUUUGUUGAUGCUGGCCAUGUGCUGGGACCUUUAAUAGUGUUAUUUGAUAAUUACUAUUUUUGAUAAAAACAUCUUGAUUUUCUAUUUUAGGUCCUUAAAAUUCUCUGUUAUCUAUCAGCCAAUGGCCAUUCAGAGUUCAGAAGUGGUCUUAGACACAAAGCAGAUGUCCUUAGAGAAGCUCAAAGUAAGAUAAUAUUAAGUCCAAGGUUUGAACCCAAAAGUCAUUUCAUAAGUAGGUGAUAAGUGUGAUCAUCCAGGUGAGCAUAGUCUCGAAUGUCGGUUGGAGUGAAAUCACUCCACCGGGACUGUUGUUGAUAGUGCCUGAUGAUUCAACAACCUGUGCGGUAGUCAUCUUCAGAGCCAGAGUUGAGUUGUAUAAGGUCAGUUGACAGUAUUAAUUAAUACGGCAACUGACCUGAUUGGUCAAUUUUGACUAACAAUAAACAACUGUUAAACUUUAUUUUAUUGUGCAUAAACCAUUAAAUGUUUGAAGCUAAGUUGUAAAUGAAAUUGUCACAUAAUUUUCUGUUUUAUUCCACAUCUGCUCCAGAAUAUGUGUUAAUGUGGUUCAAUUUUAUCCUUGGUUUUAAUUUUAUUUUCCUAAUCGUUUCAAACUCAUUAUCAACAUUACCAUACCCCAAAACAAAAGAAAAUAAAAUUUAAACAAAGGAUUAAAUUUAAACACAACAUAUGCACUCAUUACAUGUCAUUAUGAAAUACUAUAAAUUUUAGGGAUGUCAUCACUGCACUUUUCAAUAACAUGCAAACUCUUAAGUUAAAAAAAAAAUUACGCCAUUUACAUUUUUUGCUUCUGUCAGUCAUCCCAAUCAACCUCCGAGUAAAAUAUGUUUUCUUCAGCAAGUUCAAGUUUUCUGUAGGUUGUAAUUGGUAGAUUUUGAUCCAUUUUGUUUGUUUCUUUAUCUCAUAAUAUUAUGAUUGACAGUUAUAAAGUGAUGUUCAAAUAAAGUAUUAUUUUCUGAGUUUGUCUGUUAUUGAAAAGCAUAGUAAAGAUUUCAGUAAUAAUGAUAAUACAGUCAUGUGUGGGGUCCAAUCACUACAUUACACUAGUGAUAGUUCUGGUUAGCCAGAAAUGACAUCAUAAUAAUGCAUUUUAAGCUGUUUCAUGCGUGGAUGUGUAUAUGCUGUAACACAAGUAAAGUUAAUGCUCUGAUUAAUGUUGUGUACCAUUAAUUCACAGAUUUUACCGGCUCAAUAGAUUAUCUCAAAGGAGAUGGCCCUAAUCAGCAAGUCAGAGCUGCUGCGUCAGUGAGUUUGAGAUUUUGUUAUCUAAUUUUGUCAAUAUUAUUAAUCAAGGUUAACUUAUGCUGGCCACAUUAAUUUUGUGUUUAUUGCUGAGUGGCUGGAUAUUGUAUUAUUCCGAGGUCCCGGUAAAUUUGCUGUUGUUAUAAUAACAACAGCAAAUUUAUAAUACAAAAGCCAUAUCAUUUCUCUUGAAUUACUCACAGAUUAGCUGUUUUUAUCCUUUUUUCCCUUGUUCAUUCCUUUCCUUAUGUAAGUAUGUUUUCCUUCCACUGAUUAUUUAAAUGUAUGCCUUAAUUAUUGAUUGUCAUAGUCAGGGUUUUCCCACACAACCGCGAAACAGGGGCUGCAAUGGGGGACAAGAGAACUUGGGACUGUGUGAAAAAGCCUGUUACAUAAUUUAUAGCACUCUGCUCCUAAUGACAAUUUUUUGAUCUGUUUUGGAUUCAUCCCAUCAUCCCCCCACUCCCUCCAGCAAUGUUGUGGCCAAAAAAAGCACUCAUUUCCACCCAUGGUGCUCAAGAUUAACUUUGUCUGGGGUGGGAGGGGACGGGUCACUAGUUUUACUAAUAUUACUGGAAAUGUCCCAACACUUUUGACCUCCAUUGUGCCCACCAGAGGAUGGCCAGCCAUUGCUCUCAGGCUCCACCAGUCAAUCAGCCACCUUAACCCAUAACAAUCUGUUGGGUGUUACAGUCAAGACAGGUCAAGCGUACUCCCCAAGAUUUCAUUAAUGAAUUGAUUAUUAGAAAAGUGAUUCCAUUAGUCAUUGCCUGGACCAGUAUGAAAUUCAAAUCAGCAUUCCUGCAUGUGUAAUGAGCAGUAGAUUUUUCAUGACAACUCUUCUAUAGUCGGUCAGAUUGAGAAAUCUGUGAAUGGAUUAAUUGCUUUGAAGAUAUUUACAUUGAAUUCAAGAAAACUGGGCUGGUAGAAAUUUCAUAACUGCCUCUUAUGCGAAUAUCACUGCUUGUUACGCAGACAGGAAUGCAGAGAUGAAACUGAAAUCUACAACAGCUAGCAGAUUCAACUUUUGAAUAAUAAUUAAUUAAUUAAUGGAAUCUUGUGGGGUAUGCUUGACCUGCCUUGACUGUAAAACAGUUCAUUUAAGUAUUUUAUCAUAACAAAAUAACGCACAAGCCACUACCAGUACCACUUAGUACUGUUUGAUAUUACUUUCUCAUUAGGAGUUAAUUGAACUUCUCUUCAACGUUGAGAGUAGUGCAUUAUCAAACAUUCAUGGUAAGAAAGAUGGUCUGACCUCUUUUAAUAAGAAAUUUGCACGACAGGAAGGGAAAGAGAGAAAACAGAUGUUUUAUAGCUUUUUUCGUCAUGUUUUUUGUAAUCUGAUUGGCCCUAAUCCUAGCUACCGAGAAUGAACAAUAAACAAUGUUUAUUGAAUUUAGCUCUUGCAUGACGUGAAGAUUUAUGGAGAUUCUGGAAGCUGUUAUAUUAAUUUUAUUCUGACCUCACCAUUCUUCAUACCAUACUCACCCUCAUUCAAUAAUAACAUUGUUACAUAUAUACAGCUGUAGAGGACCAGUUUCUGACCAGUGGACUUACAGUUUAGAGGCCUCACAUUCAAUUCACCUUUUGAUGGUUGUCCAAUAGCUGGAUUUUUUUUCUUGUUAAUGCUGAACUCCUUGUCACUGUUUGUUAUUUAUUUUUAACAUUCUGGCAGUGCCCUCUGCUUCUCUCAUAUUCAGCUAUUCUUUGUGUUGUCACUUACAUUUAACCAACUCUCUUAACUUUUGACUUAAUUUGAUUACUUUUUAUUUGGCAACAACUUCCAUGGGUUAACUCAUUUGCUGAUGAGCAAAAAUGUAAACAAUUUAUUACCUUUAAAAGCAAUUAUAAACACAAUACUGGGUUAGUGCCAAUUUUAAAAAUUAUUCAUGGACAAGUAUUGGAAGUUGACGUAAUAUAAAAGCUUUUUCUGCCAGUUGAAUUGUUUUCUAUAACCACGUGCUUGUCAACUGUUUACACUCUUGUACUAUACCUUAUUAAUAACUUUAUUUUAAAAAAUUAUUGCAGCAAUGACAGGGCCAACAGGAAAGAAGAUGGAGGGAUUUGGAAAUUCACCUCUUCAGCCAGCAAGUAGGUAUUUAUUAACUGAUUUUGAUGUUGGAGUCCUAUGAUAAAUUGAUUUACUUGAGUUCUCUUUGUUCCUUUUUCUAGAGAGCAAAACAUGGCUAGACUCAGUGAAAAACUUAGCUGAACAUCUUCCAGAUGCAGCAAACCGUUUAAAACCAAAAAAUAAGAAGGGAAAUACGCCGCCCGCAGAGACAUCAGGCACUGCAUUUAUAAACUAUGUUGAUGUUGCAAGUGCUGACUCAGGUAGUGAUUUUAUUGUGUUUACUAUUAUUAUUGCUCUACAUACCUCAGGAAGCCCAUUUUAACUUCUUACACUGUUGUUUUCCUUCUCAUGGAGAUCGGCUUUAAGGCAAUUUUCCUGUUCUUUUAUAAGCCAUUUUUAAGUAAUAACUAAAAAUUAUGUGAAUAAUUUUGUACAUUUGAGAGUAGUCUUUUAAACUUACUUAAUUUGUAAUUUAGAUCAGACUUUCUGUGCCUUUUAAGUGAGAUGAAAUGUAGUAGAAUAUCUAUGAUUGUAGUACUAAUUAACAGCUUACUAAUGUGUUGUAAAAACUGUGUCAUGAUUAAGAUCAAGAGAGCACUGUCCUUUUUUGUUGAAGAAAUAGUCAUUUGAAAUGUAAAUUAAAUGAUUCCUAGGUGGGACAGGGUAAGUGGAAUAUCUUGUGAAGUAUCCCUCCUAUCUCAUGCUAACUGGGAUAGUUAUAAGCAUAACUAGGAAUAACCAUAGUUACGGAGUGCAGGUAACAAUGUUUGAAGGGACAAUCAUUUGAAGGUCGAAAUGCUCUUGCUCAAGUGCUGUGCUUUGGGCAAGUUGACUAAGUUUCAUGCGAUAGAUGCAUGGUCAAAACAGGCAUGAUCAGAUUACAGGUGACACUAUGGUGAUCAGAUUGCCCUCCUUCAUUAUGGGCAUUCCAUUCAUUCUUAGUAGAAGCCUGAACAAAACUGGCUACAUAAUGUGCCCUGCAUGCAUAAUAGCAACCUGGAGAUCAGGACUGUGGGCUUCUCUUGUUUGCCUGCAACAAAAUUUUUUUACUUUGAUUGGCUGAUGGCAGCAAAAAGAAAUCUCCAAAUAAGUCAAAAUGAAGUAGACCACUGUUUUUCAAGUUAACCUCGAAGGAGAGAGUUGUAAGGGUUGUGCUUCAAGAUGUUAUGCGACUCCUACAACCAGGGCCUGGUUCUUCGAAAGAUGGUUAACUUUAACCCAGGAUUAAGCCAAAUUUCAGGCAUGGUUUUCUCAGCUAAGAACAUGCAACUUGAGGUUACAAAAUACUGUUGAGCCUUUACUACAAGAUACAGUAAUGACAACACAAAAUGUUACCCUAAGCAAAACAUAGGAAUGUAAAAUAUACAAAAACAGAACAAAAUUUUAAUCCUGGAUUAACGCUAAUCAACCUUUCAGGAACCGGGCCCAGGAGAUUUUAAGGCAAAAGUCAAGAUGUGGAAAACAGUAAGCGCUGUAAUUCCCUAGAAUAACCUUACCUUGCCCCUUGAAAGCACUAAGGAAUGAUUUACAUGUUAUUUUAUAUUUUAGAUUUAUGAUAUCAUUUAUUUGAUGUUACCUGCCUCCCAUUUUUUUCCAACAGGUUUUAAGACCUUUCUGGAUGGCCAAGUCUCUCUUGAGUAAGAACAAUGUUUUAUUUAUUCAAAGUUUUCUGUUAAAUUUAAGUAAUGGUCCAGAUAAGAAGGAAAGAACCAAGCACAAUGAACAUGUGGGAAUGCAAAAACAUGCUAACUUUACUACUGUCUCUACUAUGCUUCUGAUUGGUUUAAACUGCAAAUUUUUGACAUCUUUCUGAAAUCUUCACAAAGUAUGUUCAUCCUUUGUUUUCUGACCAGCUUCCUUGUAGCAAAAGGGGGGAUUGCAAAAGAAUUUGGUUGUUUUUGUGUUACUUUAUUUUAUUGAUGGAGUUUUUAAAUGUCUUCAAAUUUCAAUGUUGUUAGGCCGUCAGAUGAUGAAGAUUCAUCAGAUUCAGAAAAUGGAUUAUCUGUAGAAGCUCAUCUUGUCAAUAAGAUUACUUCUGAGGGUGGAAUCCGCGCUGUGCCUUCAAGGGAAGACUUGAUUCAGUUCACAAGAAGGUAAACUUGCUGUUUACCGUACGUGUUUUUUUUUGUGCAAAAAUCAAAGGGCAAAAAUGUCUCUCAGAGAGGUUUAGCCCUUGUUCAAGUUCUGUGUCCCCCAUGUGCUGAAUCAACUGAUGAAUUACAUAUGUCAGAAAGGCAGCAUUUGAAUAAGUUUGGCUUAGCAAUUUUGGUUUCAUAGGCCCAGUUCAAACGUCAAACUUUUCAAGUACUGAACCUAAUUCCUUCAAUUAAGUAUUUUAAUACUUAAAAGUAUUUGGGUCGACCCAUGAAUAAAGAUCAAGUGGCCCACAUGGGAAUUUUAACGGUGGAGGCCGACUUCAUUUUAAAUGUCAAACUUCUCAUGUGCUGAACCUAAUACAUAAAUAACUAUAAUUUUUUUUACUGGGUAAGCAUUGUAGACCAUUGUAAACCAUUGUACAUCAUGAACAUGAAUUGAGUCUCACUAAUAAUUAUUAAGCUCAAUGUCUGAAUCAACCAUCGAACUUGUAUCAUUUGGGUUUGACGUUUGAAUUGGGCCAAAGAGUAUAAGGCAAUGUAAAGAUCAGCAGAAGCUGUCACAUUAUCUAAUACUGGGGCACCACUAAGUUGCUUUAACAGCUAUCCUCUCUUUCUCUAACCUAAUCGUAAAUUUUGAAUAAAAUAAGCUUAACUCUUCCCUAAAUUCAGACUGAAAUUUUAAAGGGGUCCAGCUCUUUUCUAGCUUUUUCUUUCGGUUUCACUUACCUAUGCUGUUUGAGUCAAUAAUCACUCCAAAAGCAAUCGUCAUCAUGUUGCUCUAAUUCAUCUUGAUGAACCAGGUCUUGUUUAGUAUACAUGAAGAAUGUGCAAGGAGGAGGGUCUUCAAAAAAGGCAAGAUCUUUAUGAAGAUACUGACUCAGUUCAUCAGUUAAUCAUUUUAUUGGAUGGUGACAUUACAGCCAUUGGCCUUGUCUCCUUCAUCCUUCCUCAUAGUUAAUUGAAGGGGACAUAAAGAGAUGCAGGUGUUUCUUUGUGUUGAGGAGACUAUUUUGGUUUACUUUUAUUUUGUGGUGUGGGUAUUGUUGUCUUUUCAACCUUUUGUAUUAUGUCAUUUGGGUAUUGUACCCAUCCUAAAUACUCAAAGAAACUACCAGAAUUCCACACUUCUGUUCAGAAUGAGUAUGGGUUGUAGACCCCAGUUGUGUGGUCUGUCCUAUCAUUUGUUGUUUUGGGAAGGGACUGUUUCUGACCCUGUGGUUGGCACAAGGUGUUGUGGUUUCCUGACGUAUCACAAAGCUAUAUUUUGAAAUAAUACAAAGAAAAAUAGAUAAGAGUUUCAGAGGAGUUGUAACCAUGUUACUUUUUUGUUUUUGAAGGUGUUCUUCUUUAAAUGUUGAUAAAGUGUUCAGUGCACUUAAUGACAGACUGUUGGAACCAGUCACCGAGGUGCAGUUGGUAAGUUGAACACUCCUGCAAAUCCACAUUCUUAUUCAUUGGUCAAUAUUUGGGAUUUAUUGGAGUUACCAAAAAAAGAGAGAGCCACAAAUCAAACCAGUGCCAGAUGUGGUAUAUGCACAAACUUUUGGCGCAAUCAACCUACUGCAUCAGAACGGAAAAUGCUACUGCUCAUCUGUCAAUAAAGGAUUAUAACAUCAUUGUUACUCAUAGUGAACUUGAAUUUCCCGUUCUGCUGAUUUUGCUAAACAAGAACUUAAUCAGUUUCUUUUGUUUCUGAUUUUAACCAAAAAAAAUGCAAAGCAAGCCGACAAAGUUUUUGCCUUCUUUAUUUCUCAAAUAAAAAGCUCAAACUCAAAGAGCAGUGUUUCAGCUGGUGUUUGUCUACUAAAUCAAAAGUCACAUGCAAAAAUUCAGUAACUUUGAAGCACUUUCAAAAAUGAACAAAAACUCAAGGUGUUGUUCUUGCAUUAAGCCUUUCAUUUCUUAAAUUUUUAAAAUCAAUAUAUCAGCUCUUCUCUUUUCUUUCUGUCUUGAAUUUUUAAAGCAUCAAUAAAUUUGAACUGCCUUUGUCCCACUGUUAAUAUAUAAUGUUGAAUUUUUUCUAGAAAUCACUUCAUGUUUUGGAUCACCUCUUGAAAAGUGACAUCCCUGAAGUGGGCACAAGGAUGUCGUACAUUUGUACCAAUGUACACGAAAUAACGAAAACAGAUAGUGGUCAUGUUCUAUCAAAAGCUCAAAAGGUU